AUGGGUUCCGUCGAGAUUCCUUCCCGGCACAAGGCCUUGGUGUACGAUAACCCCGGCAGCAUCUCGACAAAGAUCGAAGAGGUGGAGACACCCAAGCCUGGUGUCGGAGAGGUGUUGGUGAACUUGACUCACUCAGGAGUCUGUCACUCGGAUAUGGGGGUUAUGUGCAAUGCGUGGGCAUGGCUUCCUGCGCCGACACAAAAAGGCCAAGUCGGCGGCCACGAGGGUGUCGGUACCGUCGCAGCACUGGGGACCGGCGUUGAAUCCUUUGGCUUGAAAGUCGGCGAUCGCGUGGGCAUCAAGUGGCUGGCCUAUGCGUGUGGAAAUUGUCCGCCCUGCCUGGCGGGAGCCGAUGCAUCCUGCACCGCAGCCAAGAUUUCAGGAUACUAUUAUCCCGGAACCUUCCAACAAUACGCCAUUGCUCCAGCCCACUAUGCCACUCCCAUCCCGGAUGGUGUACCCAGCGACUUAGCGGCUCCCCUGCUGUGCGGCGGUGUCACUGUCUACGCAGCGCUGAAGAAGCUGAUCGAAGAGGGAGUUCGUCCCGGUGAUUGGGUCGUUAUUCCCGGAGGUGGCGGCGGGCUGGGCCAUCUUGCCCUUCAGAUAGGCUCUCGGGGCAUGGGUUUCCGCAUGAUUGGAGUCGAUAUGGGCGAAAAAGAGAAGCUAGUCAAGGAGUGCGGUGCUGAAGCAUUCCUCGACCUCUCCAAAUAUAGCCGCGACGACGAGGGCACCAAGAAGCUCGUGGACGACGUCAAGGGCAUCACGGGAGGCGGCGCUUCGGGCGUCGUGGUUUGCACUGCCAACAACACCGCGUACGCCCAAGGGUUGUCCUUCCUCAAAUUCCGAGGUGUCCUGGUCUGCGUCGGCGUCCCUGAAGGGCCAUUGGUGCCAAUUGCCACGGCCAACCCAGCGACAAUGCUUGCCUCGGAGCUGAAGAUUGUUGGCAGUGCAGUGGGCAACCGAAAAGACGCAAUUGAGACAUUGGAUUUUGCGAAGAGGGGUAUCGUCAAGACGCACUUCACGGUGGAACCAAUGAGUAAACUGACCGAGACGUUUGAAAAGAUGGACAAGGGCCAGUUACAGGGGAGAGUUGUUAUUGAUCUGAGCGGGUAG